AUGGCCGAUCACAAAUCCGUCAGCGCUCAACUCACGCUGGGAAACUUCCCAACUCCGCUUUCCAACCAGACCCCCCUCCCGGGGCCGCCGCUUCCAUGGGAGACCCACCACGGGCGCUGGGGCGGCCCCAGCGGCAGCCGGCACAGGCUGGUCCGGCAACCCCACUCUGCCCAGGCGGGUGCAAAGAGGAGGGAGCAUGAGGCGGGGCGGGGGGGGGGUGCGACGAACUGGAUGAAGAGCGGUCCAAAGGUUCCGAGGAUAGAGGUGGCCGCUAGAAUUGUAGAAGCCGAGGCACCCUUCGUCCACCUGUCCCCAGCCUGUCGUCCCCACCCCGGCCCCAAGGUGGAAGGGGGGUGA